CCGAGUCACUCGUUUACGUUCUUGAUAUCCAACUGCUUGCUUCGUUUUUUCCUUUGUGGCUGGCUACACUUGGUGUUGUAUAAAUGGAUAACCUGUACACCUACUCACCAAUAAAACGAAUUCUGCUAUUCAGCAUCUACCACAUCGCUGGUUUUGUUUUGAAGAAACUGAAGAUAAAAAAAUUGUGUUUGUCGCUACUGGCACUAUUAAUACUGAUAUAUCUGUUGAUAUACACUAAGUUGCUUCUAAAGCAUUCAGAGAAGGUAAAACAGGACAUACUUCAAGAUUUUGUUCAGAACCCACAAAAAAUUGUUGUAACCUCUUGGAACUCUGAGCCGGAAUAUCAAGAAUACCAUAGUAUUAACAACACGGGAAAUCUAGCAGACAUUUACUUGAACGAGAAAUUAAAAGUACCUUGGGGUUUUAAUCAAACUUGUGCCAGAUUCCCAGAUUUAUUUGAUUUGCAAUUUAGAAACAACACCUGGCAGCUGCAGAAGACCACUAAUGGUAUUUUCCAUUUAUUAAACGCGUACUUAGACCUGAGGAAAGGUAGUUUAAUACGAAUAGUAGCCACGUAUGACGUAUCCAAAACUCAAGAAACCUUUUACUGCCAGUUCUGGUACAACAAUAACAGUGGACCCACAGUAGUAUCAAGUGAAGUACCUUCUUUGAUGUUUCGUUCAAAGUGGGGUGUUGAUAACGGUUAUUUCAAGCACCCGUACUUGAUAACCUGUUCUGUAGUUCUUGAUAACUAUCACUACCCGGUUUCUGUAUCUUUAGUAGAGCAACCAUGUGGUAACGCUUCUAACAAUUUGAAGAUUUUCCACAAAAACGUUGAAAAAAAGAAGACAUGUGUUGUUUGUGUGAAGGGUUUAUUUUUUCCGUUUGUAGAUAAAAGUACUCGCUUGGUGGAAUGGAUUGAACUGAUUAGUCUUUUAGGUGCCGAAAAGAUUCAUUUUUAUAAGUACAGUGUCCACCCGAAUAUUAAAAAAAUUCUUGACUAUUACGUCAAGAAGGGUUUGACGGAGGUAACCCCUUUCUCUCUAGUUGGAGAUUUCUCCAACCAGCCUUUCCUGCAAGGACAUUUUCUUGAAUACAUGGUUUCGCACAGACGUCUCCAAGAAGUCGUUUCUUAUAACGAUUGUCUCUAUAAACACUUACACCAAUUUGAGUACGUCGUCCUUCUUGAUGUUGAUGAAAUGAUAGUACCACUACAAGCCACAUGGAUGGAACUCAUAAGAAGUUUACAAAAACGGUACCCUAGUACUACUUCUUUCAUGGCACGCAACGUCUACUUCUUCGAUUCUUACUUACACGAACACGAUUGGUUUAGUGAUAUUCCUAAACACAAGUACAUGCUCCAAGAUGUCUAUAGGGCAAGAACUGACAGCAAGUCGGUUUCCCAUGCAAAGGGGUUUCACCGUACUGAAAAAGUGAUAACUUUGCAUAAUCAUUUGCCGAUUAAUUGUUUUCAAAAUUGUGUCACAAAAACGAUGAACUCUACUUUGACCCAGCUUCAGCACUAUCAUGUGAAUUGUACUUUUGGUGUAGGUGACUGUGACACAAUGAAAGCAGACAGUGUGUUGGAUAACAGAGUCUGGCAAUUUAAGAACAAAUUGAUAAUGAAUGUUCAAAGAACUUUAGGCGAAGUGGGUUUGGAUUAGUUCGAAAUGAAAUAUUACAGAGAAAUGCAGUAGAUGUGAAUGAUGUAAUGGCGAUUGGUACUGAGAAAUAUUUUUUAGACUGUUAAAUUAUGUGGUACUGUCAUUUUUUAUUCUGUUAUCUAUAACAAAAUUUUAAAAUAAAAUCAGUUAGGUUUUAAUUA